AUCAUUCUCAGUGUGGCACGGGCCGUCGUGCGAGUACGUUGUGUUGUCGAUUGGUGUGAACGGUGCCGCGGCUGGUGCGCGCGAGGACACGUUGCUUCCCUCGUGACUUCCUCUUUUCUUUUCACUUCCUGUCGACCACGCGGCCACUCACAUUGUGCUCGCAGAGACUGAGGAUUAAGUACAAUGUGCACAACAAUGAGUACACUAUCGAGCAACUACUUUCCCAAUAGUGGCAUGGAAGAAAUAAUGCCAAAGUGCGGUCGGAAUCGGAAAACAGAUACAUUACGAACGAGACAAGAGAGUCGUGGUCAGCGAUGCCGUCCCCCGGAUAUAACACACAAACGACGACGCACAAUCGAAUUGGACACGAACAUUGGUGUGAUUCUUCGAAAACUUCUCAGGAAGCGCAAGUACGAGCUGUGUCUAUGAGCAAUGGAAUCGCGCGAGCGCAUGGAACGCGACGUGGAAAGCUCUCACGGAAGCCGUUUCUCAGGCCUAGUCUCCCACGUCGCUCUUAUCAGCCGUACGAGCACUAACGAUCGGAUAUCGUGACGCGGGCGUCAUGCGGGUGACGAACGUCGGUCGUCGUUCAUAACCGGUGCGCGCUCGUCGAAAACGAGCCGCGUGUUUCAACGGGAUAUACUGCGUAUCGGUCGCAUCGGCCCCGGGAGGAUCGAGGAAACCCGCCCCCCUCGUCGACGAAGCUAAAAUAAAUGCGGCGUAGGUGGUGACCGCCGCCCCGAGUCUCCGAGUGAAGGAAAAGGAAAAAAAAAAGGAAAACGCGAGUAGCGGAAGCGCGGAAGAGGAGAAAACGCGGCGUGGUUUUUGACCCGAUACUCGGAUUCCAUUCCUCCUGGCCAUUGAGGAGAGGAGGCACUCUAAUGGACCCUCGUAGCGCACGGUCACGCUACACUACGGUGCGCCAUAGUGCGCCGCGCGGAGACUUCCGGCCCGCCACAGGAAGCGAGACACACGUGUUCGGGCGUGUGUGUUCCCAUAAUACGAUCUGCCUACCCUCUUCCCCCCCCUUCUCAUCCGUCCCUCUUCCCGUUCGUUUCCCUCCUUCCCGCUCGCCUCUCGCUCUACAGUGCGUUCCAUAUUCGACGGCCGGGGAAAAGGAAGAGCGAGCGCAUCGUGUAUAUGUGAUACGCGCGUAUCCGUUUCGUUCCUGCAUAUACAUUCGAUCGUUGGUUCGUUUGUUCCGUUUGCCGAAACGUGCAUGAAGAAAAGUGAAACGGAGCCAUGAACGAGAAAAAACCACUGGACCUUCCUGGUUUACAUGGGGAUGAGACCCGCAUGUGCCAGAUUCGCAAGCUCAAACAAUAAUGACUGCCUCUGCGUGAUUACGCUAACCCACGGGGUCCAGAACGACCUGAUAUACGCGAAGGAUGUCAUUUACAAGUCCGACAGGCUUUGGAAGUCUUUCGCCAGUGAUAAAUGUAUAACGCUCGUGGGCAAGCCUAAGCUGUUCUCCAUCCAGGCUUGCAGAGGCGACGAAUCCGAUAACGGUGUUAUGCUGUCCCCUCGCACUUUAGUAAAAACGGAAACGGAUUUGGUAGUUACUUAUGCUAUUCGAUCCAAGCUCUCCCUUGGCAACAAGUACGGCGCCGCGGCGCCCUGUCGCAAGACCAGAGCUGAAAACGUCUUUUUCGACGGAAUUAAACAACAUGCUAUCAAUAUCACAUCGUCGCCCCUCUCCGCUUCGUGGAGAAACCUCGCCGAGAAAAUCUAUUUUCUAAACUAGGAUGCAGUGUAUAUUAUAGAAUUUGUCAGAUUCGCAAGUUCACACA